AUGCGAAUACUACAAUGUGCACAUGUUCUUCUUUCUGUGCUCUCUUUCCUUGCUUUGUCAGACUGCAGGAUCGUUGGAAGGACAAAUAAUAGAGUUGGGGCGCGUCAAGAAUUUCAUAAUGAGCUUGUUCGGCUUGAAGAGCUUGCUCGGACGAGAUUGCCAUGGAAUCUAAAUGACGCGGAUCAUUUGGAAAGACUCAAGCUGCGGACAGCAAAUGGUUUGAAAGUGCGCGACGAUGAUGAGCCCCCGUUUGAGUUAACAGGCGAUCAAACGUCUAUGGUUCUCAAUCUAUGGGAGAACACGCGAUUCAAAGUUCCUGUCAACAACAUGUUUGUCAAAUACGACAUCACCACAGACAAUUCAAUCGUGAUGACAACAUAUUCAUGCUAUGGAUGCACGGCAGUUGUAAUGUGUUCGGCACCUGGAAAACUAUGCAUCUUUGCCCAUUUUCGCCAAGAGAACGGUGGAAAAAAAGAUACUUGGCCAAAGGGACAGUCUCAGGACGUUGCAUUCGCUAUCCACGUGCUAGAGCCCAUAAACGAAGCAAUUAAGUUGUACAAGGAUCCGUUAGUACUUGGAGGUCCUUUGUGCAUUAUUUUCUCUCCCGGUAUUUCUGUACCACCAAGGUCGUUCAUCUAUCCUUGGCGGAUCAAAGGAGAAGGGAGCAUUAAUGAAGCGAUCACUGACGCUUUUCCAUCUGCAUCAAUUCUCAAUAUCGGGUACAAUUAUCCUACCUCGAAAGGCGAUUGGGGUGAUGACUGGGGAUGGGGCAAACUCGUUCUGGAAUGGGUAGGUGGAGCGAGCUCAUGUGCUAAUGGCGGUUCUUCUCUUCUCAAUGUGUUUGCCGAAGAGAACUGGUGGAGGUCUCUAAGGUUUGAUGACGAUGGAAAUCCAGUCACUGUAGAUAAGACGCCAUGCCAAUCGCCUGUUGGCUCACAAGACGGAUUUGAUGGAGACGUGGAGCUUUAG